GCUUCUAUAUCUGGCAAUUUACAUCUCGACACAAGCACAUGUUCACAGGUACAACCUGUGUGUGUGCAUGCAGUAGUUUUGUGUGUAUAAACACAUAGCAUAUCUAUAAAUUCAUAAACAUGAACUUGUAUGGAGACAUUCACAAAUAUUAUUUGAAUUCGAUCAACUCUUCAUUUAAUCUACUUGUGUGUUUUGAGAGUUAGGGGUGGGCAGGGUUUUUAUUUCCCUUCCAUAGGAACCACAAACAGCCAAUGAUUGGCUGCAGCAAACAUUACAUACACACCCUAUUUGGUAGAGCUGCGGACCACUCUCCCAUAUUCACACAACAACACAGACCAAGCCACACUGUACUGGCAGCACAUAUCAGCAGUAGUAACGAUAGAACUAACUCUACAGCAGGAUACACAUCACAUCUAACGAUAAACUUUGGAGGAUUUUAUCUGCAUUGAUGAAAAAUUUCCACAAGGUUAUGUUGGCUCAGCUGUGUUUAUGGCUGUUUCUUCUAGAACCUUCUCAUUGUGUAGACCUUAUCUACUAUGUAGAAGAAGGAAUGUCCCCAGGAACUUACAUUGGGGACAUAGCUGCUGAUACACAAUUUGCUGACAGUUUUCCACAUCAAGACAGGAAUUUGAUUACAUUCAGUCAAUUACAUGAAAACUUGAACGGAAAUAAUCACCUAUUUAAUGUGACUGAAGUAGGGAAACUAUAUACAGCUCAAAUCUUGGAUACUGAGUCUCUGUGCAAAUAUAACGCUAAAUGUUCUAAAAUGGUAGAAGUUGCAGUUCAACAUAAGUUGUCAUUCUUCAAAAUAUUAGAAAUCAAAAUAGUCAUUGAAGAUAUCAAUGACUACUCUCCAAUGUUUCCAAAUAAAGAGAUCCAUCUCCAGUUCUCAGAAACAGAUGGCAAAGGUACAACUAAAUCAAUACCAAAUGCUGUUGAUAGAGAUUAUGGUAUCUCUAAUUCUAAAAUUUCUUAUCGACUUGACAAGAGUGUGAGUGACCCAUUCAUUUUAUCAGUUUCCAAAAAAGUCGAUGGAACAUCAAAACUUGGUAUCAUUCUGAAAGAAAAGCUUGACAGAGAGCAGAAGAACAACUACAGUAUCCGUGUUAUUGCAAACGAUGGAGGAUCUCCUUCGAAACAAGGAAUUUUAAAAGUUCUAAUAGACAUUAAAGAUGAAAAUGACAAUUCACCAAUUUUCACUCAAAAUACAUACAAUGUUACUAUCAAUAAUCAACACCAGAAAAAUAUACCGAUUCUUACUUUGUCUGCUAAUGAUUUAGAUCAUGGAAAAAAUGGCCAAAUUACAUAUCAUUUUAGCUCUGAAACUUCAGAACUUGCAAAAACAUAUUUUAACCUAAAUGAACAAACUGGAGAAAUUUUCCUUUGGGACAACUUUUCUUUUGAACGAAGGCAAAAAUAUAAGCUCUUCAUUGAAGCAACUGAUAGUGGAGUUCCACCUUUAAGUUCAACUACAAUUGUUCUUAUAAAUGUGAUCAACCAGCAAAAUAACGCACCACAAAUAGAAAUGAAAUUUGUUUCCAAAUCUAAAGGCAACAAAGUUACUAUUUCAGAGGGUGUCAAAGUUGGUAGUUUCAUAGCCUAUGUGAAGGUAACUGACAGUGACAGCGGACAUAAUGGAGAAGUGUCGUGCAGUCUUCGUCAUGAUAAACUGCAACUUCAAAGCUUAGGGAAAAACAAAUACAAAGUUGUAAUAAAGAGUCAAGUAAACAGAGAAACAGAGAGCCAUAUAAAUUUUACAAUUGUAUGUGAAGACGAAGGUUCACCAUCUCUGGAAACAACUAAAAUGUUUUCGAUUCAAGUCACUGACAUCAAUGAUAUGCAACCCAAAUUUAUGAAAGACACUUUCAAAUUUCUUACCUAUGAAAACGAGAAGCCAAAUUUUCCAAUUGGCUUCAUAAAAGUUACUGAUCCUGAUCUGGGAGCUGGAGGUCAACUGUCAUAUUUUUUGUUCAGCAAUAAAGGAAACAUGCUUCCAUUUAAGAUUUCUAAUUUUGGAUUUAUUUCAACAACACAAUCGCUAGAUCGAGAGAAGCAAGAUAUUUAUGAAUUGCAAGUUAUAGUAAAAGACAAUGGUUCACCAUCACUUAACAAUACUGCAAAGGUUGUUGUGGAAGUCAUGGAUGAAAAUGAUAAUGCUCCUUAUUUUACAUUUCCUAGUGUCAACCCUUUCAGACUGGAUAUUUAUUACCAACCCAAAAGCACGCAUGACAUCACAACAUUAAGAGCCUCUGACAGAGACAGUCAUGUCAAUGCUUUUCUACGAUAUGAAAUUCAAGGGGGAAAUGAUAAACAAUUGUUCACAGUCAACCCAUACACAGGUGUGAUGUCUUUUUCACGACCUGUCUAUCAAAAUGAUGCUGGAUCAUAUGAUCUUCAACUUGUUGUGAAAGAUGGUGGAAUACCAGUGCUCUCUGCAACAACUUAUCUUUCACUGAUACUGACUGUUAGUAAUAAGACUUCAAAAAUGUUCACAGCAAUAGACACACAGUCAGAUGAUAAAAUACAUCUAAACCUUGUGAUUAUUAUUGUAGUUGCGGCUGUAAUAAUAUCAAUAGCUAUUGUAGUUUCUAUGGCAAUCUGUAUUAUUCAUAGAAAAAAUCGCCGAAAUGUCCAAUAUCAUGGUGGUGUGAAUGAUUCUAACAAAUUUUUAGAUCAAAGAAUACAAUCAGGUUAUGUUUGUGAACAAAUAUCACCUCAAUAUGAUGCCCCAGUUACUAUGGUAACAGAUCUUGCCAAUACAAGAAAUUCACAAUCAACAUUACCAAGACGAGAACCGCAGUCAGGUUAUGAAUCAGGACAUAGUUGGAAAGUUUCAAAUUCAGGAAUACAUCUCCAGGAUAUUACAGAAUGGACACAUCAGUCUUCAGUGACAUCUGGUGUUGGUAAAAAAGACAAUACAGUUACAGUCCCAGAACGUAUUAGUGAAUUAUCUGCAAUAUCUUCUUGUGCUGAUAGUGGACAUGGUUUAAGUGAAGGUGACACAGGACACUAUGAAGAGCUUCCAGGUUUCAAGCCUUUCAAACAAAAAAAACUCCACACUACAGGUUCAAUGUCUUUACCACAGAUACUAAAUAAAUCAACAGAAUCAAAGACAACAGGUGGUGGUUGCUUUGACCAAAACGAUGCUGGCCAGAAUUCUCAUUGCAAUGAUGUUAUUGAUUUGAAAUCAAUACGUGUGAACACUUCCAGUUCUACUAUACCUACACAGUUGUGGAAUUUACCAAGUAGGAAUAGUUUCACAUCAUAUGCUAAGCCACUCCCUGCAGUACCAAAAAUAUUACCAAACUCAUAAAAUGUAGAUUUGGUACUAAAUUCUUCUAAAGUUGAAUUGACUCAUAAAUUAUUGUUUUUUUUUUUUAUUUUCACUAUUCUUUUACAGGGUCAAAAUAAAAAUAUUUUCUGCCAGUCUCUGUAUUGAAUAAUAUGUGUGUGUGUGUGUGUGAGAGAGAGAGAGAGAGA